UAUACUAACAAAACUAGUCAAAAUGGCACACAGUGUCAAUCUAGAAUUGGGUCUAAGCCAAUAUGAAGAUGAUCCUUGGGUUCUAACGAAGAGGCUAACUGACUCUGAUGUUUCCAUUAAGGCUCAGCUCUAUUUACCGAAACAACUGAUGGAGCACUUUAUAGUACCGGAGAUGGGCAAUGAGCUUGUCCAGAAAUUGGCAGCUGGCAUUGAUGUCAAAGUCAGAGAUGUUGACCGUAUUGACCAUUCUUACACCGUAAAUCUUAAACUACGCAAAGACGGCCAGUAUCAUUUCGGAAAAGGAUGGCAGCUCUUAAAAAAUACCAAGGGUUUAAUAAAAGGAGAUUUUAUUGGCCUCUAUUGGGAUAAGUUGGCAGGAGAAUUCAAGUUCAAGCAUCUCAAAACUGGAUCACCUCACAUGCCUAGUAGUAGUGGUAAAGGGGAAACUUCGACACAGGAGAAGGAGAAACAAAUACUCAAGUAACACAACUAUCACAGAAUUAAAGACAAAAAUAAAGAUUAACCUUAAAGUAUAUAUAUUGUGGAAAUGUACACACAUAUGCAUGCAUAUAUAGGAUCAUAAUUACGUAGAGUUUGCAUACUAAA